AUGCCUACAGCAAUCAUAGCCACCACCCUUCAAGCCGCUGGCUUAUCGACUCUCUCCAACGUUCUCGCACAAUUUAUCAAAGCAAACAGAGAGAAGAGAUCCUAUGGCGUCAACAUCCGAGCCCUCCUCUCCUUCGUCAUCUUCACCCUCAUAUCAUGUCCACCCAACAUCCUCUGGCAGGAAUUCCUCGAGCAGAAAUUUCCUGGGUAUACAUACCAUGCAGCGACUGGAGAGAAAAUAUUGGACAAGGGCAAUACAGCGCGAAAGCUUCUGUUUGAUCAGACCUUGAGUGCUUUCGUCAACACGGUAGCUUUUGUGGCUGCUAUGGCUGCAUUCAAGGGGAAAGGUCUCAGAGGCAUCCAGAGAGAAGUUGAAAGAGAUGUCGUUCCCCUCAUGAUCAACAGCUGGAAACUUUGGCCAGUAGUCGCCAUCAUCAACUUUACCUUGGUUCCCGUGGAGCGCAGGAUCAUUCUCAACAGUGUUAUUGGCCUUUUUUGGGGUAUCUAUCUCAGUCUGGUCGCAGCACUAGAUUGA